GUGCCGCAGGCGCGCGCUUGGCCGCCGCACAGAAACGGCGCGUCAUUAAACUCACGCUCAUUUGAUCGACUUACGCGGACCCGAAACAAUCCUGUGUGAUCAUCUGGAUUAUACCCCAGAUAAGCGAUUCAACCUUAAAAAAAAAAAAAAAAAAAACCUAGAACCCAGAAGAUGGCAAACAACACCACCGAGAUAUGCCCCUCAAUUGAUGACUUCCGCAACCAGGUCUAUUCAACCGCCUACUCCAUCAUCACAGUUUUCGGCUUGGUGGGUAAUGGCUUUGCACUGAUAGUACUCAUCAGGACCUACCGCCAGUCGUCUGCCUUCCAUGUGUACAUGCUAAACCUGGCAGUAGCAGACCUGCUGUGUGUGUGCACCCUGCCUUUCCGCGUGCUCUACUAUGUGCAAAAGGGCCACUGGAUACUGGGGGACUUCCUCUGCCGCAUUAGCUCGUACGCACUUUAUGUAAACCUCUACUGCAGCAUUUACUUCAUGAUGGCCAUGAGCUUUACCCGUUUCCUGGCCAUCGUCUUUCCUGUGCAGAAUCUACGCAUGGGCACCGAGCGCCGUGCGCGAGUUGUCUGCGCCGGCAUUUGGGUGUUCAUCUGUUCCACCAGUUCACCGUUCCUGAUCUCCGGCGAACACACUGACUCGACGACAAACAAAACCAAAUGCUUUGAGCCACCAGAGAAUUCAGCCAGCAUAAAGAAACUGGAGGUGCUCAAUUACUUUUCAUUAGUUGUGGGUUUCCUUGUACCCUUCCUAGUAAUCCUGGUUUGCUAUGUUGGCAUUGUGCGGGCACUGUUGGGCAACUCAAACACAAUGAAGAAGCAGCAAAGCACACGUACCAAGGCUAUCCGUAUGAUUAUAGUUGUCAUGCUGGCCUUCUUGGUCAGCUUCAUGCCCUACCAUGUGCAGCGCACGGUGCACCUCCACUUUAAAAAACAAGGGGCCUCCUGUGAUGAGAUCAACUUCAUGCAGAAGUCGGUGGUGAUAACGCUGUGCCUGGCUGCUGCCAACUCGUGCUUCGACCCCAUGCUUUACUUUUUCUCAGGCGAGAACUUCCGUAACAGGCUCUCCACUUUCCGCAAGGCUUCCGUGGGUUCGCUGAACAUGAAUCGCAAACGCAAAUUGCCACUGUCUUCCCGUCCGUUACAGCAGAGCGAGCUGGAGAAAUUCAGUAACCAAAGCUAACUCGGGUAGAAGACAGUUAAAAGACAAAAGCAAACAGUGAUAAAGCAUGCAUUGUUUGGCUUUUGUUUAGUAUAAUUAAAAAUGCGUUCAUAAUAAAUGGCUCCAUCCCUGCCAUAAGCUUAAGUCUAUUCGUUACGUUUCUUAGGAAUUCCAUUAUGCACACUGGUGCCAUAAUGAAUUACAGAGAAGAAUACAGUGUUCUCUAUGGAAAUUCAGGUUCAACCUGAAAGACAUGUUAAAGGGAUAAUUUAAGAAAGUUCAGUAUUAUUCUGGUCUUGUAAGUCGAUAUGUAGCUUAAGUAGUAAAUUGCACUUUCUCUUUCUGUAUAUAAACUAGCGAAGAAUAAAAUCUAGAAAAAAAUGGCAAAGGCUUCAACGGAUUAGAUAUAAUUUACUAUAAAUUAACUAUUGCACAAACAGCCUCCUGCUUACAAAAUACAUGUAAUGUACACAAGGAUGGUGCUUUUCAUUUUUAUGACAGAAUACCACGGACAGAUUGUUGCAAAUCUGCUUUUUUAUUUUAUUAUUACUUUUUCAUAUGAUUAGGGCUAAUGUGCUUAUAUAUUGUAAUGUAUGUACUGUAUGUUAAUGAUUGCAAAUGUUACUGCAUUGUAUAUCAACAGUGUAAAUGCAGCAAGACAUAUUUAUAUGCAACUUUUAUUAGACCAUGCAAACAAACUGAUUUACACCAAUUCACGUAGCGAUUCAAACUGUAGGGUAAUCCUAAUUCUGCACUAUGUAACCCAGGUUUGGGAUGUAGCUGCAGACGUUCAUUUGGUGAACCACUUCUGUUGUUCUUUUGGUGAACCACUUCUGUUGUUAAUGAUUUGUAAAAAAGAAAAAGGGGAAUAUAGAGUGGACGUUGUCCAUGCUAGGCAAUGACAAAAAUGCAUACUCUACAUACUGAAAGUCAAAGCAGUUAUUUGAAAAGACUGGGGAAAUGAACUGUAAAAAUUGUCUCCAUUCUUUUCGUUUUUCCGUUUUAGCCCUCAAUUAUUUUCGGUUUUUUUUAUAUGUAGUUGGGUUUUAAAUUUUGUUGAGACCUGGCAACUCUGUCCACAAGGUUCAUAUUACUGAAGUAGCUGUGUAACCCUUCAGUUCAAAUGGUAUUAUGGUGACAUCUUGUGGCUAAAAUGGUAACUGCGUUAAAAAAAGGUUGAUUUUAACGGUACAUUUUACGGUACAAAAGCGCAUUCUACAUAUAUUUAGGAACACAUUUACAGAGUGCUACUACUAGUGCGCUAUUAAUAAGUAUUUGCACUUAAAUCUAAGUGAACAGUAUAGUAUGGCAUAGUGUUAAGUAAGAGCUGAUAACUGACAGUAAUAAAUUGAUUAUAACAUUGUAGCUUCAACCUGAUGGUCUGCUGCUUUUAAUAGCAAACAUAUUGUGACACUGUCAUGUACAUUUAUGUUCAUUCAAGAUAUAAAGAGACGCCUAUUUAAGAUUUUUACUUGUUGCAGUCGAGACAAUGGAAAUGAUGUGUUAUACUAGAAACUGCGAACUUCCUUCAUUAUUAGGCUCACUUGCAAUUUGCUCUGAUGUUAAAUCUUGUUAUUAUUACCAUUA